GAGUCUCACCCCCACUAACAGAGAGAGAGGGAGAGAGUCUCACCCCCACUAACAGAGAGAGAGAGAGGGAGAGAGUAUCACCCCCACUAACAGAGUGAACAGCAGCAGUACGGGAGGUGAAUAGUGAUUGUGUGGGUCUGUGCGAACAUGUCGGCUCCUGCAACCAUGCACCGGGUGUACCGCCACAACAACGACCACAUCGAGGUCUUCACCUCCGUCUGCGGACCCCAAGUGAGGUACCAGUUCAGAGGACUGGCAGAAAAGAUGGUGGCGACGCACAACUACAAGCCCAACUGGCCCGACGAGGUGGCGCUGGCCCGGGGUGACGUCAUCCUGGUGAUGUCCAAGCACGAGGAGGAACGCUGGUUCGGGCGGCUGCAGGACGGCCGGCGGGGCUACUUCCCCGCCUCCUGCGUCAUGGAGAUCGGCCAGGACUGCUUGGCGGAGAAGGAGGCGAGCAAAGCGCUGUCUCUGCGGAGCUCCAUCUGGGCUCACGUUCUGUCUCUCCGCAGCCGCUGUGGAAGCACACACGGGCUGCAGAAGGCCAGCGGAGGGGAGGGGGCUGAGAGGGGAGGAGGAGGAGGAGGAGGAGGGGCCGGGGCCCCCAGGGACCGGGUGGGCCCCUUCCUGGUGCUGGGCCCCCAGGUCCCCCCUGCCCCCCGGCCCACAGAGACCCCCAGAUCCCCGGGCCUGCUCCACAGGAUGCUGUCCAAGCGCUGGAAGAAGACUGAGUACCAGGGGGCCACCAACAGGGCCUUUGAGGCGGACUGAGGGGCCCUCGCCUUCCCUCUCCCUCUCUCUCGCUCUCUGUCUGUCUCCUGGGCUCCCCCCUCUCUCCCUGUCAUCCUCUCUCCCCCCUCUCUCUUUCACUCUCUCUCUCUUUCUCCCUCGCUGUUGCUCUUUUCUUUGCUCUGUCGUUCAUCUAUAUCCCCCCCCUCUCUCUCGCUUUCAUUUAUCUUCCUAUGUGUCUCUCUUUCAUCUCUCUCUCUCUCCCUCUGCUUUUUCUCUCUCUCUCUCUCUCUGUUUCUCUCUCUCUCUCUCUCUCUCUCUCUCUCUCUCUCUCUCUCUCUCUACUCUCUCUCUCGUAGUAGGUGGGUGGGCCAGGUUGUCCAGUCACACUUUAUGUUUUUAUUUCCGUAAUGUGAAGACUCUCUCUCUUAGUGUGAAGACUUAAGUCCCUCUCGUAGGGUGAAGACUUAAGUCCCUCUCGUAGGGUGAAGACUUCAGUCCCUCUCGUAGGGUGAAGACUUCAGUCCCUCUCGUAGGGUGAAGACUUAAGUCCCUCUCGUAGGGUGAAGACUUAAGUCCCCCUCGUAGGGUGAAGACUUAAGUCCCUCUCGUAGGGUGAAGGCUUAAGUCUAUCUCGUAGUGUGUCCUGUUUCGGUUUCCAUGGAGCUUCUGCCAGAUGCCUGUCCUUAGCUGUGUUAGUAUUAUUUAAAAUGCAAAACAAUUGCUGACUUAGAAUGAGUAGAUUAAGUUUCCAUUUGUUUUGGGAAUGCUAAGAAUAUAUAUGCUGUGUAUAAUAGUCCCUAUGCAAUGCUUGACCUAGAGCACAACAAUGAUAUAAUUAUAUAACAUUCAUAUAAUCGAACACAUCCAGUAGAUCGUUUAUCUGAAAACACUUAGCUCCUCCCCCUGCUACUGCUAAUGCUAAGCUAGUUAAGAGUUAACAUUACCACGGUCGGGCCUGUGAGCAAAGUUACGCAGAAUGUAAUUAUUGUGGAUAAGAGAAACAGAAACCGCUAGUGUAAAUAAGAUAAGGUAAUAAGAUAAGAUAACUCAACGAAUGACCUCAGAAGUUGACAUGUGCCAUGUUAGCCAAAAAGAUGCCAAACCUUUAUUGUACAAUGUUUUUAUGUCAAUAACAAAAGUACCACUGUG